AUGGGUUCACCUUUAUCCCCGAUUAUAGCUGAUUUAGUAUUACGGGACAUUGAAGAGAAAGCUUUAAAUUCACUUAAUUUCUGUUGUACUUUUUAUUUUCGAUAUGUGGAUGAUAUAAUUUUGGCAGCACCUGAGGAUAAAAUUGAAGUUAUUAAAGACACCUUUAACAACAUACAUAGACGGUUGCAAUUUACAGUAGAAUUUGAACAAAACCAUAUGAUCAGCUUUUUGGAUUUGUUAUUAAUUGUGGAGGAUGGAAUUGUAAAACUUGAUUGGUUUCAUAAAAAGACUUUUUCGGGCAGAUAUCUGUCGUUUUUAUCAAAUCAUCCUAUUUGUCACAAAAUAGGCACUAUAUAUAGCCUUGUGGACAGAGCGAUUUUAUUAUCACAUCCUGAAUUUCAACAAAAAAAUUUAGAACAGUGCAUUACAAUACUUUUACAGAAUGGAUAUCCUAUAGAUUUCAUCUUUAAAUAUUUCAACAGAAGAAUAAAAAACUUGAUUCAAUCCAAAAAGAUUGUGUCCACAAUUAAUGACAAUUCCAAUAACACAAUUAAUGACAAUUCCAAUAAUAACAAUAAUGUAAAAAAGAAAUAUAUGGUACUUCCGUUUAUACAAGGUAUAACACAUGCAGUUACGAACAUGUUUAAUAAAUCUCUUUACAAGAUAGGUUACAGAUGCUUGAAUAAGUUAGAUAUGUUUAUAAAAACACUCAAAGAUAAAAAAGAAAUAGCUAGCAAUAAUAAUGUUGUAUACAAGAUCCCAUGUAAAAAUUGUGAUAUAACCUAUGUGGGACAAACUAAAAGGAAAUUGAGCACAAGAAUUAAAGAACAUAUGAAUAAUAAAAAGCUUGAGCAGUCUAGACAUUCGGUACUAACUAACCAUAUUUUACAAUGUAAUCAUGAAUUUGAUUGGAACAAUACUAAAAUUAUGGAUUAUGAACCUAAUUAUAAUAAGAGACUAAUCUCAGAGACUUUACAUAUUAAAGAACAAUUAAAUGGAAUAAAUUUAAAGAAGGAUACCGAAUCUCUUGACGAUGUAUAUGUACAUUUGCUGGAACGUAUUGGUGACAAUAAACAAUGA